AUGGCGGCAACUCAGCAGCAAGUGCUUGACACCCUGGGAAAGCUGACAGAAACAACCCAACAGCUUAGUGACGACUGGAAUAAUGAAAAGAUAAAGUUGGAACGUGAAACAAACGACUUUAUGGAGGAAACCAAUAAAAGCAUUCAGAAUGAAAUGGCAAAGUUGAAACGUGUGACCAACGAAAUGACAGGGGAAACAAAUAGAAGGCCCACAGUCGCAUUCAGAAGUAAUGACCUUGUUGACCAUUCACCAAGUUCUGGGGAAACGCUUGUGUUUAAGACGACGACGUUGAACGAAGGUCUCGGGUAUGAUAACAAGAGUGGGAUAUUUACAGCACCUGUAGCGGGAACAUAUACGUUUUCUGUGCAGCUUUGUGUUGAUGGUGGAAAAGAUAUGUAUUAUGCAAUAGUUGCGGAUGGUGUUGAUAUAAAGAAAGGAUUUUUCUGUGAUAAGGAUUGGGAUGCAUGUUACACUACAGACACUGUUGCCGUACUUCACAAAGAUUCAAAAGUUUACGUAAAGUGUUCUUACAGCAGUAAUGUUUUAGUAACUUCGAAUAACUACUGGAAUACAUUUUCAGGUGUACUGGUGAAAUCAUGA